AAAAACCUUGUCUAAAUCAUUUCUAUCCAAGUUUCAUAGCAAGUUUCUCCGUCAAAAAGUUUCAAAGGGAAACAGAGCUUAAACCCCGCUCAAAACCCUUUGAUAAGCUAAACCUUUUAUCCAAAUCGCAAGUGCUAAAAUUGAUCACCAGUCCCCGAGUUAAGCCAACAAGACUGCAGUAUUAUAUUGACAAUGGAAAACAAAGAUAAUGAGGUGAAGAAGGCACAAGUUGUGGAAGCCAGGGCAAGAAAUAUCAGCCACAAUGUGCGAUGUACAGAGUGUGGGAGUCAGUCCAUUGAAGAUUCACAAGCGGAUAUUGCAAUUCUCCUCAGAAAGUUAAUUCGUGAUGAGAUUCAAGCUGGAAAGAGUGACAAAGAGAUUUAUAAAAAGCUUGAAGAAGACUAUGGAGAGACAGUACUUUAUGCCCCUAAGUUUGAUUUGCAGACUGCAGCCUUGUGGCUAUCACCACUUCUUGUUGCAGGUGCCGCUACAGGGGUGUGGGCUUACAAGAGGCACAGGCAGAAGACUAACGUGCACAUAAUGGCUUUGAACCUUGUUAGAGGUGUUCCAUUGACCCCAAAGGAGAAGGAAACUAUGCUAGACCUCCUCACACCUCCUCCAAUGCAAGGAGUCACUCCUUCCUCCUUGUGGAGGAGGUGGCGAGGUCAAUGAUGUUUUUCAAUUUUCUGUCUCCUUUUUACUAGACCUCAAAGUUUGUUUUGAUGGUGAAGAAUCUACAUGUCGAUGAGAGUUUCAUGGUUGGUUGAUGUGAAAUUCAGUGCUGUAGUAAAAAAAUAAUUGCACAGUGAAGAUAAAGCUUAGUGAGAAGAUUGUCCAGUUUAGAGAACUCGUUUCCAUUUCACAUCCUGUAUUCGAAUUUCUGAAAGGUAUUUAGUUAAUUAAUAGUACUUUGUUUUAUUGAAAUUAGAAAAUCUAAACGUUUUGUUAGUUCCAUAAUGUGAUUCUUUAACAUGUAUUUGUUUCAAAACUUUAAAGUUUUUAAUAAUUCAUUGGCUUGUUCCCACGCAAAGUUUUAUCGUACC